CCGUUCACGCCAAGGGGGAGGUGCGUUCACAGAUCUCCACCAUCACCAUGGCGACGUUCAACACCACAGUGGCGUCCUUCAAUGUGGGCUAUGCCGACUUCUUCACCGAGCACAUGAAAAAGCUGUGUAGCCCUGUACCCAUCCCAGAGAUGCCCCACGAGACGCUGGCGUGCGCCAACCUGCCCCGGAGCUUCACCGACUCGUGUAUCAACUACUCGUGCCUGGAGGAGGGAGACAACAUCGAGGGCACCAACAACUUCAUCCUGAAGAAUGGCAUGCUGGACCUUACGGCCAUCCUGCGGGCGGUCUAUGCAGUGCUGACCCACGACAUCAGCUCACGGAUCUGUGACGUGUCGCUCAACAUCAUCGACUGCCUGCUGCAGCUGGGGGUAGUGCCGGGCAUGGGGAAGAAGCUCUCCAAGCCCGACGACAAGGAGAACGAUGAGACACGCCUCCCGAAGGAGGGGGCCAAUCAGAGCCUGAGCGGCGCCCAAGGGGGCGUGUCUGGAGGGUGCAGCGGGGCGGCACCAGGGGGAGGGGGGAGCGGAGGAGGGAGCAAGGACGACGUGAAGAACAACAAGGAGAAAGACAGCAAGGAGGACGGCUCUUCACUGAGUACCCACAGGCUGGCUCUCACCAUGCUGAUCAAGAUGGUCAAGUCUCUGGGUUGUGCCUACGGCUGUGGGGAGGGCCACAGAGGACUCUCAGGGGACCGCCUCCGCAUGCAGGCCCAGAACUGCCUGACCAACCUGUACAAGCUGGACAAGCUGCAGUUCCGUCAGACCAUGAGGGACUACGUCAACAAGGACUCGCUCAACAACAUCGUGGACUUCCUGCACGCACUCCUGGGCUUCUGCAUGGAGCCCAUCACCAACAAGUACGGCAGUGCAGGUGAGAGGUCCAGGAGGGUGAAAAAAAGAACCAUCG